AUGGUUAAACGACCUCGUUUUUUAACUGAUGUUCUCGGACAUUUAAAUAUUCUCAAUAAACGACUUCAAGGCGAAGGAAAUUUAUUUCCAGUACUUGUAGGUUUUAUAAAUUCUUUCAUGUCUCGACUUAAAUUUUUCGAAAGUAAUUUGGGAAUAGGAAAUUUAGAUCAUUUUGUACGAUUAAAAUCUAUUUAUCUACCGACAGAUAUUCCUUUGACGAUUUUUAAAAAUCGUAUUUCAACACUAUUUGUUAGUUUUCAAAAAAGAUUCAGUAGAUUUAAAGAAAAAGAAGAUUUAAAUAACUUAUUUAUUAAUCCAUUUAUCAUAUCGACAGACGAUCUCCAAAAAUAUAACCCCAACAUGCAAUUGGAAAUUAUUGAACUUCAAAGUUCAGCAGUUUUAAAAUGUAAAUAUAAAGAGUUGCCUGAGAUUAUAGAAUUUUGGAAAUGCGUAUCAGAGAAAGAUUUUCCAGAACUACAUAGUCUAGCAUUGAAAUUAGUUUGUAGAUUCGGCUCUACAUAA